GCGGUGCAUCUGCCGGCGGAGAUCGCGAGCUCCGCGGAGCCGCCGGCGCGCGGCCCCUCAUGCCCAAGCGGCGCGCGGAGCCGUUGAUGUGUCACGUGCCUGUCAAGCGGCUCCUGCGCGUGCCGCCGCUGCCGCGCGCGGCCGAGCGGCGGCCUCGGAGCGAACCGGCGCGCGCCGGCCCGGCCGCCCCGAAGCGGCCGCUGGAAGAGGCGGAGGCGCCGCCGGGAAAGCGGCCCGGGCCCAGCGCCACCCGUGCGCCGCCGGGGGAUGGGGAGGGCGGGUGGCGGCGGCGCGGCGAGCCCGCGGUGCCCCAGGACGAGCGGGCGGCGGAAGGAUGCGCCGGGGGCCGGGGCAAAGAGCGGACCUCCGCCGCCGCCGAGCAAGAAGAAUUCUGUCCGUAUAACUCGUUCCUGUAUUGGAGAGCACCACUGCCUACUAUUGAUUUGUCUGAUAUUCAGAACCUAGUUGGGGAGACUCCAUCAAACACUAGAACUCCUUCGAAGACUGAUACCACAGAGACUGAAAUGGAAACCUGAUCAGUUGUUUCAUAGUUGUACAUUUACUUGCUGGAAACUUGUUUCCAGUGGGAUUCAGGUUUUGUUACUUGGCUGAAUAAUAAGCAUGCUUAUGCCAUCUUGAAGAAACUGUUGUGGCAGUCUGCAAAAGCAAGUCUGAGUUGCCUAAGUGAAUGGGAUAAUCGGUAUUGGGUACUUUAUAGUAAGCUCUCUGGAGGUGUGCAGUAUGGAGGAGGCUAUGAUGCCUAACGAGAAUACUUGAAAACAUGGAAGAAGACUAAAAGAGAAAUACAGAAAAUUAGAACUUAAGGGUGCAAUUAAAAAAAACAGGUGGAUAUGUUACAUAUCAAAGGGAAAUGGAAAAUCAUUUUGUCUGUCCUGAACAAAAAGAUGUAACUGUGGUACCUGAAAGUGAAAUAUUUAACAUAUGAAUUUAUCAUAAAGCACAUAAUCUGUAGUGAUUUUUGAUGUGAUUUUUUUCUGUGUAAUAGCUAAACCAAAAAAUAAGAGUCUGUCAAGACCAGACAAAACAUUCCCUUUUCUAUGCGAACUAAAAAUUUGUGUGGCAGAGAGGGGGAAUGAAAAGGGGAUAUUUUCUUUUGUAAGUUGCCAUUCUUCUGAAAGUUUUUCACAUUCUCAUUGUGGAAAAGUUUUUUCCCUUUCUUUUUUUCACAUUACACAUAAUAGUUGACACCCAGCUUUUAGGGUUUCGAUCCAUUCUCAGACUGUUAUUCUUAGUCUUUGUGACAUUAGCUCUGAACCAGUUGGUAGCGUCCAAACAGGAGGUUUGUGCAGAUGUGUCAAAAAAAGUUAAUGCAAUAUUAAAUUACCGCAUAUAGUUUUUCAGACUGUACUGACUGAGGUGUAGUUUUUGCAGAGACUGUGAAUUUUUGCAGAAAUUUUUUACCAAAGUUCAUUGAAUUAGUGUUUUUUGCUGUGAAAUACAAACUUAAUGCUUGUGAUUUGCAGUUUAUUUACAAAUUGAAGUAUAAUUAGAAAUAAUAGACUGAAGUUUUAUGGGAAGACUGUUACAUUUUGCAAAUAUGUAUUGUCUUUAAGGAUAGAAAACAUUGUAUUUUUCUGGAAUCAUCAUUAAAGAAGGCAACUUUUGAAUUUCGUUUUUUUUAAUAAUGUAUUUGCUAAAGGACAAUAAAGUUUUACCUGCAUGUAUUUGAAAACUUUGGGACUAUUACUGUGUGAAGUUCUUGACUUUAUUUCUUAAAAUUGUUGCUUCUGUAACUUUGUUGAUUUAUUAGGUCUAUUUGCUUAAAAUAGUCAGCUCAUUAGCUUUCUUGGUAAACAUUUGGAAACUUUUUUCCAGUAUUUGUGCUGUUUAGGUAUCUGUAUUUGUUUAUUGCAUAUUCAUUUAGCUUGUUAGGGUUUCUGAAUGCCUGCUGAAGAAAGGACGAGGCUUAGUGACUCAAGCAUUUCAUGCUUGUUUGGUUAUGCUUCAACUUUCUGUUAGAUUAGCUGGAUACGUAUUUGGACAACAUGUAUUUUUCUCAAGACAUUUUUAACAUUUUAAGUCCAAAUACAUCAACUUGUCUUAGGAGGUACUUGAAAAAUCUUUUUAAAAACCUUUUCUGGCAAAAAUGCAACUAUUUCAUGUUUACUCUAACCAAAAUAAAUUAAUGAAGAAAUA